ACUUUCUCUCCCAAAUUCUAUCCACUACCUACUCCCAUCGACUCUAAUUCUUCCCCCUCUCUCUCUUUAUCCAUACCUAUCCAUCUUAAUUCUUCAUUCUUUCCUUUUAGCCACAUGUAUUUGAUUGUAUUUUGAGAUCGUCGUCUUAUCCUCCAGCUCCCCCUGGAGUCUGAUCCGUCCCCUCCGACGCCUGUCGCGUGAGACGAACACAAGACGAACAGUCUGUCUCGCCUAGCAAACAUGCUCCUACGACCCGGCCGAAGGAACUUCUCUCUCCAACAUGCAUCCAUCUCCCGCCUCUCCAGACCAGUCGCAAGGACCCCGUCCCUGGCGUCUUUGCCUAGUCAAGUCUGCCGCAAAUGUCUUGUCACCCACACCCAGCUUGGGCCUUCCAGGAGGAGGAGAAGCUUCGGCUCUCCUGCAAGCCCUUCUAAUGCCCGCACUCUUGCCACAGCCAUGGACGAUGCGCACCUUUACCAUGUAACCUCUUACGAUACUCUCAAGUCGUCCAUCCUGCCACAAUACCAGCCGAUCACCUCCCUCCCACGGCAUCAUGAUUUGCGCCCCAUCGACCCAUCGGCGCCUCUUAUGGUCCAAGAACCCUCUUCGCCUAUCCCCCGAGCACGUACAAAUCCGCACGGCAUCCCCGGGGAUGUCGACGAGAUGAUUGCCAUCUUUGACGCCUGUCUGAGGAUCGCCAACCUAGACCGGGCCGCCCUGGUCUUGAAGCGCCUUGGGACGAUCGACGAGAUCCCGGGCCACGAUCUGAUCCUCCUGGGUAACCGAUACCUGCGUGCUUCGCUGGAGCAGUUGCGACUGCAUCCGGACAAGAGGAGAGCGGAGGAACUUCACAAGUGGUACGAGCUCUUCGUCAGGAGCAAGGGCUUGCCCCAGACAGCCGAAACUGUCGCCUGCAUGUUGAAGGCUUCCCUGCUCUCCGAGCAUCAACCCGACAGGUUGGACCGUCUCGUCACGCGCUACAUGAGCAUGGCUCCAGGAGACGCUGGACUGCGUGUCCUUUCUAUGGCCGACAUCUUGAAUGACCAGGAUCUUGCUGUCAUCACCGACAUCUGUCCCACCUACAACCUGGCUCCUGAUACAACCCCUGCAACAUCCGACAUCCCCGCAGAUGAGGUCCAGGAUGCCUCGACUGCAAACACAACAAGCACAAAGAAUACGUCCGAGGACAAUGUUCCCGAAGUUCUCGCCACACCGCAGAAGGGCUUUGGCUUGAAAACGUUGAAACAAACCCUCACACUCUUCGACAAGAUGCCUCAGGACUGCGACAUCUCGACACUUAGCCGGGAGCAACAGAGGGAAAUCCAGGCUAGGCUGGAGCGUGAUUGCAUUGACGCCGCCGUGGAACGCUGGCGAGAGGAGAACGAGUCGUUGAAGAAAAUGGGCUUGAACUCAUCCGUGUCCAGCGCCUCUCUGAAUUCCCGUUUGUACGAUUGGCAGCUGGCCUUGGAAGCACGUCUCACCGAAGAAAUGCAAAAGGUAGAAGAAGCUGAGGCCAAGCCCAAGAAGACGCCCGAGGACUACGACCGCUGUCUAUACGGGCCCUUCCUUCGCAUGUCAACCCCCACCAGACUGGCUGCCGUCACCAUCCUGGGUACGCUGAGCGCCACCACUAUGGCCGGCAUCGACAGGGGAAUCGCCCUCUCCUCCGCCAUCAGCAGUCUGGCCAAGCUUGCAGAGGAGGACAUCCAGUCGCAAGCCAUGCUGCGAACAUCCAAAUUCAAAUCGAAGAAGCGCCGCGUCGUUCACGUUCCCGGCAAGUCGUCCAAGAAGCUCGAUGCCGCCCGCGCCGAGCUCGGCCCGGAGAGUCAGGUGGCCCCGGAAACCGCCACCAAACAGACCGAUCCCGCACCCGACACGCCGUGGCCUGUCGCCGUCAAGGCAAGGGUGGGAGCCGCCCUGCUCUCGGCCCUCAUCGACACCGCCCGCAUCAAGGUCGUCAAGGAGCACCCGGACACCAAGACGCUCAUCAGCCAGUACCAGCCCGCCUUCUCCCACGCCACCCAACUCCGGAGGGGCAAGAAGAUCGGCAUGGUGCUUCUCAAUAAGGAGCUCGUCACCAUCAUGAAGCGCGAGCCGCAAGGCGACUUCCUGGCGAAACAUCUUCCCAUGGUGGUCGAACCGGAGCCCUGGUCGAAAUUCGACAAGGGCGGCUUCCUCGAGAGCUCCGCCAACUUGGUCCGCAUCAAGCACGGCGAUAAGGACCAGCGCAUCUACACCGAGGCAGCCAUCGGCCGCGGCGACAUGGACCAAGUUUUCAAGGGCUUGGAUGUGUUGGGGAAGACGGGCUGGCGCAUCAACACCUCCGUUUUCAACGUCAUGCUGGAGGUUUGGAAUAGCGGCGAACCCGUCGCCAACAUUCCGGCGCUGAACCCGGAUAUUCCCAUCCCAACCGAACCCCUUUCCUCGGCGGACCCGACGGAACGCCGGAACUGGAUCCGUGCGGUCAAGGCCGCCGAGAACGAGCGGGGUGGUCUGCACUCUGUGCGGUGCUUCAUCAACUUCCAACUCGAGAUUGCUCGGGCCUUCAGGAAUCAGACGUUCUAUUUCCCCCACAAUAUCGACUUCCGAGGUCGCGCCUAUCCCUUGCCCACCUACCUCAACCACAUGGGUGCGGACCACGUCCGAGGCCUGCUUCGAUUCGCCAAGGGAAAGGAACUGGGAGAACACGGACUGAAGUGGUUGAAGGUCCACCUCGCCAACGUGUACGGCUUCGACAAGGCCAGCUUGAAGGAAAGGGAAUCGUUCGCCAUGGACAACGUGGUCAACAUCUUCGACUCGGCCACGAAGCCGCUCACCGGCAACCGCUGGUGGCUGCAAGCCGAGGACCCGUGGCAAUGCCUUGCCACCUGCUUCGAGCUGAAGGCUGCCCUGGAGUCGCCGGAUCCCGCCAACUUCGUGUCGCACCUCCCUGUUCACCAGGACGGAACCUGUAACGGCCUGCAACACUACGCCGCUCUCGGAGGCGACUCCUGGGGCGCUCGUCAGGUCAACCUGGAGCCCGGCGACAAGCCUGCCGAUGUCUACUCGGCCGUCGCCGACAUCGUCAAGGGAUACAUCGCCAAGGAUGUCGAGGCGGGUCACCCCUUUGCUUUGGCGGUCAAUGGCAAGAUCACGCGAAAGGUGGUCAAGCAGACCGUCAUGACCAACGUGUACGGCGUCACCUUCCAGGGUGCCAAGAAGCAGGUGUGCAAGCAGCUCGACGCGUUGUACCCGAACUUGCCCCAGGAGAGCGGCUUCAGCGCCAUCGUCCUCGCUUCCUACAUUGCGUCGCUCAUCUUCAAGGCGCUGUCGUCCAUGUUCCGAGGCGCUCACGACAUCCAGUACUGGCUGGGCGAGAUCGGCGGCCGGGUCUGCCGGGCGCUCUCCGCCGAGCAGCUCGAGCGCAUCGCCAGCACAGGCAUCAUCCCGAACUCGUCCAAAGUGAAGAAAUUCAAGAUCAACGAGAAGAAAGAUACGACGGACGAUCUGCUGGCCCAGUUCCGGGCCACCAUUGUAUGGACGACGCCCCUCAAGAUGCCCGUGGCACAGCCGUACCGAAAGAGCGGCACCCGCGUGAUCAAGACUUCGCUGCAGGACCUGACCUUGACGGUGCCCGAGCGGUCUGACCCCGUCAACCGGAAGAAGCAGCUCCAGGCUUUCCCGCCCAACUUCAUCCACUCGCUGGACGCCACGCACAUGCUCCUGUCGGCCCUAGAGUGCCACGACCUCGGCCUCGAGUUCGCGGCCGUCCACGACUCGUUCUGGACCCACGCUGCCAACGUCGACGCCAUGAACGCCGUCCUCCGCGACGCCUUUGUGCGGAUCCACGAGGAGGACGUCAUUGGCCGGCUCGCCGCCGAAUUCGAGGCCCGCUACAAGGGCUCCAUCUACCUGGCCAAGGUCAACCAGGGCACCGAGGUGGAGAAGAGGAUCUCGGCGUGGCGCAAGAAGGCCAGGUGGUCGACCAAGGACGAGCUGCUUGCGGAAUACGAGCGACAGCGCCUGCUCAAGUCGCAGGACCGCGCGGAGGUCGAACGCGGACGCCAGAUGGUCACGCCCGCGAGCAUCUUCGAGGACAUGUCGGCGGCGGAUGCCCUUGCCGAGCCCGAGGACAUGCAGGAGAUCCGUCUGGGCGACAUACCCGAGGGGGCCAACUCGAUCGAAGCCAUCAAGGCCGAGGAAGAAGCCGCCGCCGCUGCCGAGGCGAGCGGGUUUGCCGCAGAGGUAGUGGACGAAGAGGACGGCAUGCUGGACGACCACGACGCGGUCGCCGCCGAUGAGUCGGCCGGCGAAGGCGACGCGGAAAGCGCGCGGCUUUCCGGGGUGCUGGAGAAGCUGAAGCGGUCGCAUUUCGACAACGUCGUCAACGCGACCGGAACGAAGAAGAAGGCUGCGACCAAGACGAUACAGAUCUGGCUGCCGCUGUCGUUCCCGGCGAUCCCUGCGAAGGGCGACUUUGACGUGCAACGUCUACGGAAGAGCGAGUACUUCUUCUCGUAAACCCGCUUCCAUGUUGGGAAGACAUGUCAAAGUGAGAGUUGGAUGUGAGCAAGGACUAGCAUGUUGCAUGUUGAUUUCAUGAUUCUGGGGAGCAUACUACCGGGGGCAGAAGGGCUUGUCUGGAUUGCCCUGUGCCUUUCUGCCUAUAUUGAGGCGUUGGUUGCAUGUUGGUGGGGGAUACACAGGCUGGCGUUGGAUAGGCACAGAGCAUAUUUAUAUUUCUAUGCUGGCGAUUUGUACAACACAAAAAGAAAAGAAAAGAAAAGAACCUCGGGCGAGAUUCGGAGGAUGGAUUCAGCUCGAGGAGGAGUUGUACAUUGUUUGUAUACUAUACUACAUAUUAGGCCAUCUGGUCUUAUUUAGGGAGCCAGAUGCUGUAUCAUACAUAGCCUUGUUUUCAAGGACGAUAAAAGAUUCAUACAAGUUUGAAGAAUUUCUUCGGUGGC